UAAAGUAUUUCUCCACCAAUGUUUGCCGUUCCAUUAAGUUGGAGAGUUCAAAAAAGAAAUCAAAGGCUGAGAUAUGUUGACUUUUAGCUCCUAGUAUGAGUCACACUCCAAGUAUGUCUACAGUUCACAUAGUGCAACCACUAGGACUAAAGCUCCUCCACAGCACAGCAGACUAAACUGAACUGUAAUAUCACUGGUGUACCCCUUUAAUGUAUUUGAUGGAAAAUAAAUCAUUUAAUUUCCAUUUACUGAAUUUCUUUUAGGAUUGAAAUGACAAGGAGAAGUAAACCCUGAUUUAUAAAUCUAAAGCCUCAAAUUAUUUACCGUCACAAACGCAAGUAAAAUAUAAUAGUAACUAUGGCAGGUGGGAGGUGCUGCAGCAGUAAUAAUCAUUACAAUAUGACAAGUUACAGUUAAUAACUUGUGGCAGACAUGUCAACUUUUGGAAUGGAGCUACAUUAUAAAGGCUGAAGCUGCACCAGUGAACCAUGAACCUGCCAAAGCAAACAAUCUGACACAGUUUCUCCUUUUUCCUACAUUCCUUACUAAAUGAUCACAUACAUGUCCUCACUGCUGAGCUUCCUUUAAGCUUCGCUAAUGUUUCCCUUACUCUUGUUGUUAGGGCGAUGUCGGACGGUAUGUGGACACUUCUCUUGGUUUUCAUUGGUUUAUUCCUUCAGGUACCCACAUGCUACCCAUCAUGCACCCUGUACGGCCUGGUGGCUGAUUGCGCCUCAAGACGCCACUACUGGGUUCCUUCUCUGCCUCCCAACAUCACCCACCUCUUCCUGGAGAUGAACUACAUCAGUGAGAUCAACAGCAGUUCGCUCAGAGACUAUGACCAGCUGCAACAGUUAGAUCUCGGGAAGCAGAAUGUGCAGCUCGUCAUCAGGAGCAACACUUUCCUCAGGCAGAGAAAAUUGACAAGGUUGGUCCUCGGCUACAAUAUCGGCCUUCAGAUGGAGCCACGGGCAUUUGCAGGACUGCUCAAUUUACAACACCUCUUUUUGGAUUUUUGCAAUUUGGCAGACUCCAUACUAGCAGAGAACUACCUGCAGCCACUUCUGUCCUUAGAGACGCUUGAUCUCUUUGGUAAUAAUAUAGUGACACUCCGGCCAGGAUUGUUCUUUUCGAAACUUACACAUUUCACAGAGCUUAACCUCAAAUUGAAUCAGAUUGAAAGAUUAUGUGAAGAUGAUCUAGUUGGUUUCCGGGGGAAAUACUUCACACUCCUGAAUUUGCAAUCCAAUCACUUAUAUAAGAGUUAUAGUGAACAUUUUGACUGGGAAAGAUGUGGGAACCCUUUCAGAGGGAUGGCCUUUGAUGUCCUUGACUUAUCCACCAAUGGGUUCAAUGAGAACAUAUCAAGACACUUUUUCAAAGCCAUAGAGGGUACUCCAAUUGCUCAUCUUAUUUUCUCUGGACACAUGGGCAUAGGCUUUUCAUACAACAACCUUCCUGAUCCAGAUGAAAGCACAUUCAAGGGCCUCAUGAACAGCUCAGUUAAGAUUUUAGAUCUGUCUAAAAGCUUUAUAUUUGUUUUACAGGAGGCUGUUUUGAGUUCUCUACAGGAUGCAAUAAUUAUUGACAUCUCCAUUAACAAAAUCAAUCAGAUUGACAAAAAUGCCUUCAAUGGUCUUCAAGGACAUUUACGAAUGCUCAACCUGUCAUUCAACCUACUAGGAGAAAUAUAUUCUCACACAUUUAGCAACCUGGCAGACCUUCGGGUGUUGGAUUUGUCUUACAACCACAUUGGCGCAUUGGGACACAAAGCCUUCAGGGGUCUUCCAAAACUACGAGCGUUAUAUCUGACAGGAAAUUCCCUCCGAAAACUGGGUUAUCCUGACCCAUUACCAAGCUUAGAUUAUCUUUUUUUGGGUGACAAUAAAUUGAAUUCGCUGCACAAAAUCUUUGAAUUGGGCAAAAACAGUAUAUAUGUGGACGUUACAGACAACAAAUUAACAAACUUGGAGGAUGUUUAUCAUAUUCUAACUUAUUUCAAUCGGCUCCAGAGUUUCUUCUAUGGUGGCAACUCCAUCAAGUGGUGCCAAAUAAAUACGGAAGUUGCAGUACCUCAUAAUAAUAGUUUGAAAGUGUUGGAUCUUCACGACAGUUCUCUGAAUGUAAUUUGGGCGCAGGGGAUGUGCCUCGACCUCUUUGAUCAUCUAGAGAAUCUGCUCGGGCUAAAUAUAAGCUUUAACUCACUUGCAACUCUCCCACAAGGGAUCUUCAGCGGCCUAAGCUCGAUCAUUGAGAUCGACCUUUCCUCUAAUGCCUUAACCUAUCUGCAGCAGGAUGUCUUUCCAGUCGGCCUGAUAAGACUCGAUCUCUCAAACAACUUUCUCGCCUCCCUGGACCCUUUGACUUUUCAGUCUCUCAGUUUCCUCAGCCUGGCUGCAAAUCGCUUCCACUGCGGUUGCCAUCUGGAGAGCUUCCUGAAGUGGCUGAACGUGACCAAUGUGACCUUCCUCAGCCCAAUUGAGGAGUACAAAUGUGAGUUCCCAGCUGCUCUCCACAAUCUCCCUCUGCUAAAUUACUCCACAGUCAUCGAACCGUGUGAGGGCGAGGACACAAAGGCCGUCCAAGAUCUUAAGCUUGCUCUCUUCAUCCUCUCCACUCUCCUCAUCAUCACUGUCCUCCUCAGCGGGAUUGUUUACGCCCGUCUCCGAGGUCACAUAUUCAUCAUCUACAAAAAGAUCGUCGGUAGGGUUCUCGAGGGCCCAAAAGCGGCACCUCCUGCGGACGAAGUGCAGUACGAUGCCUUCCUCAGCUUUAGCAACAAUGACUAUGGGUGGGUAGAAGCUGCUUUGCUGAAGAAGCUGGAUAACCAGUUUUCGGAGGAGAACCUCUUCCGCUGUUGCUUCGAGGCCAGAGACUUCCUACCAGGUGAGGAUCACCUUACCAACAUCCGAGAUGCAAUCUGGGGCAGCAGGAAGACUGUGUGCGUCGUCUCCAAAGAGUUCCUUAAAGAUGGUUGGUGCUUGGAGGCGUUUACUUUGUCUCAGGGCCGGAUGCUGGAGGAGCUGACCAACGUCCUGAUAAUGUUGGUGGUAGGGAAGGUGGCUCACUACCAGCUGAUGAAGUACAACGCAGUCCGAGCUUUCGUGCAGAGGAGAGAGUAUCUGACGUGGCCGGAGGACCCUCAGGACCUGGAGUGGUUUUAUGAGCGGCUCGUCUCACAGAUACUCAAAGACACCAAGGUGAAAAAGUUGGAAGAGGACGAACCGGAGCCGGACGUCCUACCGCAGAAUGAGGGGGGUAUCCAGCUUGAGAACAUCGAAGCAAUUCCCAUGUGAACUCUGUACUGUGUGUUAAAGAAAACCUACUAAUAGUAAUAAUAAUCUGUUGAUGCCAACAUCCACCCCGCUGAAGUGGUACUGCUUAGUAGGAUGAGGAAGACGUUCUCCCCUACAAAGGUCUUUCUGAUUUGCAUGGGGAAAAGGAAGAUGGGUAUUACCGACCUUCAGAGGACGUAAAGGCAAAGACUAGUUAAACACUACUUUAUAUUUGAUUUCUAUAGAACCCGAUGCAGAACCUGUCUGGGCCUGAACCGUUGUGUGUGUAUUUAGGAAAUCUGAGGCACGAUAUUAAAUCAAUUUAAUCUCCUUUGUUAUGGUCAGUGUUUACAGCAUGCCAUUACCCAAUGACAUGUACAGUAUGAGAAAUGAUUGUUAUUGUGUUAAUAGAAUUAACAAUAUGUAACAUUAAAACUGUGAAAUGUUUCUGAUUUAGCAAGUGUAAUAACAGUGUAAUAACAAUGUUCUCACUAUUAUUAAAUGUUGGUGAACAUACAGCAUUGUUCAUUCUAAUAUUCCCCGGCACAGCUUUGAUAUUUAGAAGAGAGAAAGUCUGUUUUGAGUCACUGCAGGUGUAACCGCAGGCAGACUUGAACAUACAGUAGUGAUUAUCAAGAUCCCCCAGUGCAUGAGAGUAUGUGUAUGGAGAAGUGUUAACAUGCUUCCUCCUCUAUAUCACUUUGUAUGUAAAGGUUUUUAUUUUUUAUUAAUUAACUGAAGAAGCCUUUAGAUAGAUAUGCAGAAGAAUUUCUCAAUGUACAAGAUAUAUUUUUUAUGGUGGCAUCAGAAUAUCUACAAAACAUCCAUUCAAUGAGAUCUUCUUGUUUCUCUCUGUUUCGAAAGCAUGGGGGGUGGGGGGUGACUACGAAAGCCCUGAGGGGCGAGAGAUAAACUAAAUCUUAGUUAUCCAUUUUCUAAGUCUGAUCUAAAUAGUUUUGUCUUUCACUUAAGAUUGGGUAAAAGGGAUAAUAUGUCUAAAUGCAAUCUGUGAAACAGGUGGGGAAAAUACAUUUAGCCAGGAUUACUUUUCUAAAUGUCUUUUUGUUUAAAGUGUAGUAAUAGGUGUAAUAGCCCAUAAAUAGGACCAAAAGCAUUCACGUUUUCUUCCUGGCAAGUUUAAAUUUCUCCAUUCACUCCCACCACAAGGUACAUACUGCAUAAUGUGUGUUAGCAAGUUAUGUAACAUCAUUGUCAUGUCAGUCUUUGGGCCUGAAUUUGUUUUUAAUCAUAUCAAUAUAUGUGUCUUGUGUUUAGAGUGAAUGGAGAAAUGAAAAGUCACCUGGAAGAAAACAUGAAUGCUUUUAGUCCUGUUUAGAACACGUAAGGAACUUAGAAAGAUGAUCCUAAACAAAGUCAUAAAAACAGCUCAGAAAACUAUUUUAAAAAUAAAUCUAUUUCUUCUCACGG